GUGAACAGCGAAGCUCGCGUUUGUUUGUUCUCCCUGCGGAGGGUAGAUAGCAAAUCCGCCGUAGCUCUAAUCGCCUCUUUCAGCUCUGCGCUCCGGCCCACUAAGACGUUCGUAAGCUUUCGACUCACGGACACGCGCACGCAUGUACGCUGCCGCAUCGGAAGUGGCGAGAGCAUGCGCUGCACUGGAUGCGUGCAUCGCCCCGCCCUUUCACAAGCGACUGCGGAGGACCGAGGAGCCUGCUGCUUCCCUUGACCCGUCAGCGCUUGACGUCGUCCCGUCGUCGUUGUCCGUUCGUUCUUUGCAAAAGCGGCUUUUCGUCUCUCGCAGGUCCGCUCCAAUUUGAGUUCUGAGCUGCUCUUUAGACAAAAACGUUCUGGCAGGCAACACCUGGGGAGUUCAGGUGGAACUUUUGGCGCCCACUGGGUGAGUGCAGCGAAAUCCCCAUUAGCGAAAGGUAGGUCGCGUCACUUCUGGGGCGUUACUUUUUGUCUUGCGUAAGGAAGUGGCUAACGCUAACGUCUAGGUGCUUCGCUUUCUUAGUGUGCUUCUCCAUCGAGAAUUGCUGAGGGAAUCCACUUUUCGGGGCGACACCACUGCACUACUUCUUUUUCUUUUUUCUCUAGAAGACAACAAAUCUUUUUUUUUUUUUUUUUCAUUAGGAAACGGGGUCGCGUGACGCGUGAUUCGUCGCAGACUAAAGCUGACAGAAAAAAAAAUCAAGCAAAGCACGUUCUAUAAGCGUUGCCUGGUAGUGAUUAGUCGCGAGUGCAGAAGAAGUGCCAGAUAGUUGUAGCCCUCGGCAGUUUGUCAUCGUGAUGCAGCUCCAGAAAAAAGCCCUCCUGAAAAGAUCCCCUCAUAAAAAACUGCUGGACUACGAAGCCAGGUUCAUGGAGCUUCACAGCAAAGCCUUGGCACUCGGGCUGUCUCCAAAGGAGCUGUGUGAACUGCCUAGCGUAAAACGACUUCAGCGUGUAGGCACAUCUCCCUGUCUCUUAGCGCGGCUGCUCGGCCAGCUCGCUGACUUCAUCCGAAACGCGAAGCCAUCUUGCCGGUGUGUGAGGUUCCUGCUUGCAUUACUCGUGGUUGGAGUGGUCUUUCAGUUUUGGCGCUACAGUCUUCUUUCCCAAAAAGGCUGGGUCUCUUUAUUUGUCGAGACGCACAAACUUGAAUCCGAGCCGUGCGUCGUGGACAUGCCGGCUAAAAUUCAGAACGGCAUGAUGCCACCUGUCGACUGCGACAUCUGCAAGGACCUCAAGAAGGUUUCUAGAAGGUCAUCACUGAGCCAAUACGACUUCGAGACAAAAUACGCUUACACUGGUAUACCCGUCGUCGUCAGCGACGGGGCUUCUAACUGGACCGCACUUCAGUCAUUUUCGCUCAGCUUUUUCGAGAAUGUCUACCAGAAUUCGGCCUUGAAAACGUCUAGAAAUGCUUGCCAGUUUUUCCCUUACAAAACUGAGUUCAAAAGCCUCGAAGAAGUUUUUAGCAUGUCGGAUGAACGGUCACGACUUCCAUGGUACAUUGGUUGGAGCAAUUGCAACCCGAGUGUGGCUAAUGUUCUCCGAAAGCACUACCAAGUACCGUACUUUCUGCCGUCGCAUUCGGAGGGGUCUACGCUCGACUGGAUCUUUAUGGGCAGCCCAGGUUAUGGGGCUCAUAUGCACAUCGAUCAUGUCGGCAAACCGUCUUGGCAAGCGCAGAUUAAGGGCAAAAAACUCUGGACCCUGAAGCCCGUCCCGGAGUGUUAUUCGACAUGCCACGAGCUCCAAGUAAUCGUACAUCCGGGUGAAAUAUUUGUUGUGGAUUCCAACCUGUGGUACCACAAGACAGAGAUUAUCGGCAAUGAACUAAGCAUCGCGAUCGGUUCGGAGUACGACUAAUGUGAUCACCGUAUCCUCUUCUGCUUCUUUGUGGCCUAAUAAAUAUUCAUUCGAAUAAAGAGAAUCUGGGAGGUCAAAAUGGGAAGCAUAAUCUGCACCUUAGGUGUCUAUCAUUGCUGUGGGAAAUUCCUUUCCUUUAUGAGCUACCUCUUCUGAACGCCCUUCUUGAAAUACAUAAUCUUUCGGAUGGC